AUGCAUCUGGACAGUAGAGCAGACAGCACUGGCGUCGCAGUGCAGCCACCGCUGUCGCAGGCAGUUGGAUAUGUUAUUGUCGUAGUUGUUGGACUGGUGAUCGCGACGGUCAUGAUGCUCAUCACACGUCUGUUGAGCAAGACCAUUGGCGAGGAUAAUAAAAAGACAGAAAUGUUCAUGACCGCAAACCGUACCGUUCGCACCGGUCUCACUGCAUCCGCGGUUGUAUCUUCCUGGCUCUGGUCCACCGCCCUCCUCGGCUCCAGUCUCGUCGGAUAUAACUACGGCGUCGCCGGCCCUUUCUGGUUCGCCGCGGGUUGCAGCCCGAUGAUCGUGUUCUUCGCAUUACUGGGCGUAUCAUGCAAGCGCAAAAUUCCUGAGGCACACACAUCUCUGGAAGUGGUGCGCGUGCGGUAUGGACGCGUUGCGCAUGUGGUGUUCAUGGUGUUGUGUUUAAUCAACAAUAUUUUUGCGUGCGCGAAUAUGCUCCUGGGUGCUUCCGCGGUGAUCUCAGCCAUGACUGGUAUGCAUGUCAUCGCAGCAACUUUCCUCCUUCCACUCGGGGUGUCUUUGUACACGUUCGUCGGGGGCAUCAAAGCAACCUUUCUGACCGACUACUUCCACACCGUGGUCAUCGUCCUCGUGGCAUGCUACUUCUCAAUCAAAGCAUUCACAUACAGCGAAAUCGGCUCCGUAGGAAACUUGUACGAUCUCGUGCAAGCGGCUGGUUUGCGAAACCCGGUUUCGGGCAAUGAGCAUGGGACGUACUUGACCAUGACAUCAAAAGAUGCGAUCUUAUUCGGGAUUAUCCAUAUAUGCGGCAACUUCGGUCUAGUUAUUAUGGACACAAGCUACUUCAUCAAAGCCUUUUCAGCGUCUCCUGCAGCCGUUGUCCCAGGAUACACAAUCGGCGGCAUCGCCUACUUUGCCAUUCCCUGGGCGCUUGGCACGGUGAUGAGCUCUGUUGCAGUUGGUCUGGAGAAUACUCCCGUAUUUCCAACAUAUCCAAGACGCAUGUCGGCGUCAGAAGUCAGCUCCGGUCUCGUCUUGCCCUACUCAGCUCUCACCAUCGCUGGCAGUGGUGGCGCUGCCGCAGUGGUGCUAAUCACCUUCAUGGCAGUGACAUCGACGCUAUCCGCACAGGUGAUUGCAGUAAGCUCGAUCAUCAGUUUCGACAUUUACCGCGAAUACUUCAACAAAUCCGCAUCUGAUCGACAGAUUAUCCGAUGGAGCCAUUUCGGUGUCGUUUUCUUUGCUUUGUUUUCGGCUGCUUUCAGUACCAUGCUGUACUAUGUCGGUGCUGAUUUGCAGUGGACCUUGUAUAUGCUUGGAGUCGUUACAUGCCCCGGCAUCUUCCCUAUGGCAUUCACCGUGCUCUGGCGCCGACAAACCCGUCUCGCGGCCAUCCUCGCACCCGUACUUGGCCUCGCAACUGGUUUGGCCGUCUGGCUGAGCACUGCGCACCAUUUCUACGGCGCCGUAACAGUCUCCUCAACUGGCCAAGUGCUACCAUGCGUAUAUGGAACCGUAGCCUCCGCUUUCUCGCCAAUUCUGUACUCGCUCAUCAUCACGCUCCUGACCGGCCCGCAGCGAUACGACUGGGCGGAGUUUAAGAAGGAGCAUCUUGCGCUGGAGAAGCUCGAUUCGGACUUGACAACGGCUCAUCAAGCAGGCCCACGUCAUAACGAUACUACGGAAAUAUUAGCAGAUGCAAAGGAGCUCAAACGCUGGGCGAGAAUUGCCGGGUUUUGGUCUGUGGCUACGUUUUUGGGGCAUUGGGUAAUUUGGCCGUUGCCGAUGUAUGGUAGUCGGUAUAUCUUCGGGAAGGGGUUUUUCGUGGCAUGGAUUAUCGUGGCCAUUAUUUGGCUCUGGCUGACCUUGCUCAUGGUCACAUUUUAUCCUCUCAUAGACGGUGGUAUUGAGCAGACACUUCUAGUGUUUAGGAAAUUGAUUGGAAAAAAGACAGUUGAGCAACCUCGGGAUGAGAAGAGAUCUGACGGGAGUGAGUCUGGAUGA